CACCAAACAACCACCGAAGGCAAACUAAACCACUUCUCUCCUCUCUCUCACCUCCUCCUCCUCCUCCUCCUCUCUUCUUCUGAAUCUCAUCUCAUUAAGAUCUUACAUUGGUCCCGAAUGGGCAUGGCAGCAGCAGAGUCGCGGUUUCAUGUUUUAGCUGUGGAUGACAACAUCAUAGACAGGAAGCUGAUUGAGAGGCUCCUUAAGACCUCCUCAUAUCAAGUUACUACAGUUGAUUCCGGUAGCAAAGCUCUAGAAUUUCUGGGCUUGCACGAGGAUGAUCGAAGCAACUCCGGUUCCCCAUCCAUUUUGACAAACAAUCAUCAUCAGGAAUUGGAAGUGAAUCUCAUCAUAACGGACUACUGCAUGCCUGGAAUGACGGGCUACGACUUGCUCAAGAAAAUCAAGGAAUCAUCGUCUCUGAGGGACAUCCCAGUGGUCAUCAUGUCAUCUGAAAAUGUCCCUGCAAGGAUCAGCAGAUGCUUAGAAGAAGGAGCAGAAGAAUUUUUCUUGAAGCCAGUGAGGAAAUCAGAUCUGAACAGGCUCAGACCCCAUGUGAUGAAAGCCGUAUCUAAGGAUCAGAAACAAGAGAAACACGAAGAAGAAGAAGAAGAAGAAAAACAGGAAGAAAAAGAGAUUAAGUCGCAAAAGCAUCAAGAACAGCAACAGCAACAACAUCAACAACAAUUAUCGCCGAGACCAUCAGGCAAUAGCAAGAGAAAGGCCAUGGAAGAGAAUCUUUCGCCCGAUAGAACAAGGCCCAGAUACAGUGACAUUGCUGCUGUCGUCUGAUCAAGCCCUCCCCAGGAAUUUCUUUCUUUUUUUCCCCAACAAAAACCGUAUAUACAGAAGAAGGGCUUUCAAUGCUGGAUCAUACACACACACGGUUAAACAGAAGAUGGAGAGACAGUUCCUUUCGUGUACACACAUUCUGCAUGGAGAUAAAAGAGGUUCCUGCCCAAUUUUGCUUUUGACCAUAUGGAGGAUGGAUCAUCACUCAUCAGAAAAAAGAGGAAAACAUAAGACAGAGAGCGAGAGAGCAAAAGAGAGCAAAAGAGAACAAAGAGAUGAGAUGAGAUGAGAUGAGAUAGUGUACUCUGAAAGAAGUUUGACUGAUAGCUUGUAGAAAGGAUUAGAAUCACGAAUCAUAAAGCAUUAUGUUGUCAAUCAAAUGGUUUCAAAUCUCGGGCCUC